UUCAUUUGCCCAUUUCUCAAUCCCAUUUAUAUGAUGAACCAGAUAAUGUGGCAACUUUUUUUAUCUCUGUUAUACACACACAUCGCAGUUGGCUGCGCGGAGCAUUAUUUUUGUUUUGUUUUUUUCUCGCUUACAUAUUGGCAUUCAUGUGCUUUGGUAUCAGUCUAUGCAGUGUGUUUGAACCGUUCGGUUCGGUGCAAGAAUUUAUUUCGGUGUUGUUUCCCUUCUUUUUGCUUUGUGAACUAAAUAACAAAUUCAGCAGUCAAUUACGAAACAAUUUUAAUAAUGGAUAAUGAAGUAACUCAAAAGUUGGAUGAAUUAACCAAAUAUGUACCAUUUAUUGAUUUCCUUUUGGAAAUCGACAAAGAAAAAUAUAUCAAAUUUAUUGACAUUAAAAAAUGGAUUAUUACUAAAAAGAGAUAUCCUUUAAAAGAUCUGCAAAAGAUAGAGCAAUCGAUUAUUACUCAGUACAAAAAUAUUAUUUUAGAUAACAGGACAGUUCCACCUGAAAUAGCGCUAGUGUUUAGUAAGGAAAUCAAACAUGAAUUCAUCAAUCUCUGUGAUGAUUCCGAUGAGGAAGAUGGUAGAAGUCAUACAUCACCACUUCCUGCAAAAUCUGCCACACACAACACAAACCCUUCAUCUAGAAGACCUGCCGAUGAUAGUGACGACGAGGUAGAAAUUAUAUCCGUUACUCAACAACCCAAAAAAGAGCCAGCAGCAACAUCAGUCAUUAAGGAAGAAGAAAUCCAAUUCAAUCAGGCUUUGGAUGAUACAUCCAUUGGCUUGUUACAAGCCAUCGAUGGAUUGGGCGAAGAUGAUAACAAAAUUAAGUAUCCUCCAUCGCCGCCCAACAGUAGUGUAAAUGAUGAUGAGGAUUGUGAUGCGAAAUGCUCGGUAUUAUUUACGAGACGAGAAGGCCGCGGUGGUGAUAGAAAGACCCCUCUUGUCAAGCAAAAUGGCAAAAACAUGAAUUGCGAAAGCAACAUAAUGGAGGAACCUAUAUCACUCGACUCCAGUGAUGAUGAGAUGCCUCAAACCUCAAAUGGUUCGAGACAAGCUGAAGAAAGGCCACCUUUGGUGGUUAGAAGCGGUGAGAAAGAGACGCAAAGUAAACCGAAUAUAAGCGAUCGAUUCAAAGUCGAAGCUGAGAGUAAAUUACUGUUUACCCGACUCUCCGAGGCAAAGCAAAGAGAAGCGGACAUUCCCGCCAGCGUUUCCGGGCCUUCUACCCAAGAUAAUACUAAUGGUGAUAGCUCAGAAGCGAAAAUGGAUGCCACAAAAACAGAUUCCACUGCUGGUAAUUUGAAGGAUGAGGAGCCGAAAACAGCUUUUACCCUUUCCGGCCUGCUUGAUUCCAAAAAUUUAGACGGCCUUACCACUGAGGAGUUACUAAGCAGCAUAUCGAAGUUGGAUAACAAAAAUUCACACGCUAUUAUCUUUGCAGCCAUUUUAAAAUUCUUCCAAUCAUUAAAACCCGAUGAACAAGCAACCCCAGCUGCGCGCAAAGGUGAUCUGGAGAACGCAGCACAAGCUGAUACUGCAUUUAAGCAACCGCCUGCUGCCGUUUCUCCAACGCCAAAUGUGAAAAUUUCACAAAAUAAACAAACUUCGGAUUCACCACCUCCACCUGCGCCAUCUUUAUGGCAAUCUGAACCCGCAGCGCCUAUUUAUCCUAAUGGUUGUGGCACAUAUACGCAACCAAUUGCACCAGCUCCCCCAACACCAGCGCCAGUCCCUAAUGGCCAUGACUACAGGCUUGCUGCCCCAUUGCCAGUUGCACCUGCUGCUGCUGCUAGCCAGAGAAAAGUCAAUAUGAACGAUCCGCGCAUAAGAAAUCUCUUAAACAAGCUUCAAAAUUCACCCUUGCUUACCCCCAUGGAAAGACAAAUGGCAGCAAAUAUGGGACAGCAAGCAUUUAUGCCACCAUUAACAAAUUCUGCGGCUCCGAAUUGUAUACCCAACCAGAUGGUUAUGCCCCCCAACAAUCAAUGCAUGCCAAAUCAAAUGGCCCCCAACAAUCAAUGUAUGCCAAAUCAUAUGCCCCCCAACCAACGAAUGCCUGCAUCGUCACAUUUUGCCAAUCAAAUGCCUCUUAACAAUCAACAUUUCUAUCCAGGUCCCAUGUGGGCUAAUCGUCCAGUCUUUAAUACAGCCCCUAAUAACAUCGGUCUGAAUCAGUGCAACAUUAAAACGUCCACGGGACAAAGCACCGGCAUGACAUAUGGCGAAUAUAAAAGAAAAAAGGAACAGGAACGUUUAGAGAAACUGCAACGGGAGCAGAGAAUCCGUCAGGAAAAUGAAAGAAAACGCUUAGAGUUGGCCAAGAAAAGACAGGAGGAGGAACAAAGACGGCAGAAGGCUGUUGAAGAUGCGGCCAAACGUGAUUCACAAAAACAGACCGACGAAAUUCGCUCCAUACUGAUGAGCACUUUGGAACCACAUGCCACUUCUAUAGCCACUUUGUGGAAGGCAAGUCCUACAAAGUCUUCCAAAAAUGCUGAAGACUGCGAAAAAGUUGGUCAACCUCAAAACAAAGCUAACGAGAAAACUGAACUAACAAGCUCUUCUUCUUCCGGUGAUAAGGGAAAACCCAACACCAACCUAAAACAAGGAAAUGGCAAAGCACAAGCCGCAGCCAAAUCAAAGCAGGAAAAAACAAUGGGAAGAACAAACCGUCUUUAUAAGGAGCUGGAGUGCACAGUUAAGGGAUUCGAUCAAUUAAGUGAUUACAUACCCAUGACCAUAGGUGGCAGACGACGUUCAAGUGUCCAUGCUCGAUCUGUCAUAUCCGAGCAAUUAAAGUCUUUGGAUGACACUGACAUUAGCUCAUCGCAGUCUACAAAUGAUGACAAUGCCCCAAGCACUUUAUUAGGGAAACGUAGGACCAGCAUAAAUUCGCGUUCGGCUAUGCUUGAGCAACUCACCUCCCAGUCGGAAGAAGAGGCUGCCGCACCACCAUCUACCACCCCAGGCAUACCAAAGCGAAGGAGAACUAUUUGUGAGCAGUUGCCCACCAGGCCGCCCGAAUGUGAUUCUGAAGAUGAAGUGCUCUUAAUUUCAUCGUCUUCGUCGAGAAUGCGAAAAAAACAAAGAAUCGCUGACGACGACGUCGAAGACCUAGCCAUUGAUGGCAAUCCUCUGUAUAAAAAAAUUAUUCAAAACCAGCCCUGGGUUAAGUUAACACGUCUUUCAGAAGAUGAAAUCAAAAGUCAUCAAAUAAAACGACGACAGGUGGCAAGAAGGAGCAACAUUUUAAGUGUUCAGUUAAUCGCAUCAAAGACAACUUCCAUUGAAUCGGAAAAUAUACCCCCCAAGGCAUCGGCACCAGCCGCCAAAAAUCCACCACCGCCGAAAAGACUAAACAACGACUGCGAGAUGACGGAAAACAAUACCACAUUUUGUGCUUUGUGUCGCGCCAAACCGCAGGAUUUGACAAAUCAUUAUGUCCAGAAGCACAAGACGGAGUCCUACAUAUCGAGGUUGACGUGGUCGCACUUGGAUGAUCUCUGUAUAAACACUCCCUUUGCCAAAGCUAUCUCAAGCGGAAAAUCUACGGUGGUUCGCUACAAAAUAAGCUGUCCAUUUUGUGAGGAUGAGCUGAACGAGCCAUUUAUGAAUCUCUACAACCACUACUCCACGCAUACUGGGGAAUAUGCCUACCAAUGCAGCGAAUGUCAGUUGGCAAAACCGUACAGAGCCGACAUUCAGUCCCAUCAGCUACACUCCAAAAAAUCAUGUCGAAAAUCCCAACUACAGAUUCUGUACCGCUAUCCCACCAAUGCCAUGGUUAUAUAUCUCUACUACUGCACCAUUUGCAAUUUUGUGCAGCUAAAUGAAGCGAACAUUUUGAAGCACCUACGAGAGCAACAUGGUCAAAGACAAGCUAUACCCCGGAAUGUUAAAAGGUGUAUAUUGGCAGCUAUCAGCGAUGGCCCAGAGGAAGGUAGCGGGGAUAAAUCAAAAUCGCCCACACCUUUGCAGGAAAUUGAGACUGCCGCAGCCACACCUUCACCACCACCACAAUCACCACAAACACCACCACCAUCACAAGAAGUUGACAAUAUACUUGUGCGCAAUGAGGCCGGUGGCGAAGAUGAUCCAUUUGACACUGCUACUAUGACUCAGCUAAACAAGCAGCUUGGAGACAAUCAUACAGAGUCUCCUGGCGCCCGCAGUGAGCAGUCAAUGACAGUUAUUCAUGCGCAAACACCAAAUAGUGAUAAUAAUAGCAGAGCAGCGAACACAUCUCUGGGAUUUGGUGGCAGACAUAUACCCAUUUUAAUCAAAGAUGAAUCUAUCGAGAUCGAAGAAAAAACUGCCGCCUCACCCCUUAGACCCAGCGUAGGCGGCAAAAUUCAAUGCUCCUACCGGUCUGUAUAUCGAGAUUUUCCAAAUAACGUUAAAUAUUUGGGUUUAUAUAAAUGCCUAGCGGAUGACUGCUAUUAUUCAACAGAUUCUGCUACUGAAUUCCAAUGCCAUUUAGAAGAUCACAGGGGCCAGGAGUGCAUAACCAAUGAUUAUCUGCAAUGUGCCUACUGCAUUAGCGCCUGGAAUUCUCCACAGCAAUUGGUUCAACACAUUGAAGAAAAGCAUCAGCAUAUGAUUUUUCAAUGUUCCCUAUGUUGUUAUCGCAGUUGCGAGCCUUACAAUGUUGUUCUUCAUCAGAAGGAGAAUCACUACAGGGUGUUACAGACAUGCCAAGUUUAUAAGUAUACCGGUGUGGAUCCUGCGAUGAACAAGACUACGAAUAUCAGUGAGAAAAUUGCAGAGAAUGUACAAAAAUUAUCAUGUAUAUAUUGUAGCAAUAGAUCUUUCUACAACACCAAUAUUCUGGAAAGCCAUAUUCGAAAGGAUCAUAAAAUAGAUCUACAGCGACCAUUGAAGUACUCAUCUUGUAUCUACUGCCCCAUGAGAGAUUGUGAUGAAAAUUUGAUGCGAAAACAUGUGGCGCUAAAGCAUCCCGAAGAGCUGCCUUAUCUGUGUAGCCAUAACAAUGCGGUGGUGUCCAUUAAUGAGGACUUCCUGCAUAAUCUACAAACAUACAGCUUAAAUCAAACAGUGUCGGUGAUAGAAGUUGAGGCCACUUUAGAUGCUAUGCCCAAGAAGCAAGAAAUACCUGGCGAUAAUAUGGAUCAAGAUAUCAAGCCCAACCCUGAGGAGCUGCUUAAGGGCCAAGAAGACAUCGUCAAGACCCGCUUGCGUAAAUUAACCCAGUGCACUGGUGUGGCUCCCGACAGUUUAUACCAUUGCCCCGAGUUGACAUGUGGUGGUUUCUUUUCGAACUACGAUCUAUGGUUGCGCCACAUGCGAGUAAAGCAUCUUUGUAUGGAAUGCAAUUGUCCUCAUUGUAAGGAGAAUACAACAACACUGCCUUUAGCGAAAUACAGCAGCCAUUUUGAAGAGCAUCUGCGGCACACCUACAUCUGCUUCCACUGUCCUGCAACGUUUCGAAACCAACAGGAAGCCAUGGAUCACGCAGCCUCCAUGCACAAAGACUUGGGUCAUAUGCGGCUCGAGCAAAUUCGUUUCAAUAUCAGCUAUUCUUACUUUGUAAUCAUACAAAAAGAACUAUUGGUCGACCGGACAGAGUUCAUGGCAGCAGUGCUUAAUGUGCUGAACGAACGAAUUGCUGAGAUGGAGUUGAACGAUGCGAAAUCUUUUCAAACUCAAUGGUUGGUCAAGAGCCCAUAUCCAGCCUGGCUUGAGGAGUACAAAAUUGAUUCUUGCCGUUUGCCAAAGAAGAAGUGCUUCUGUGGCAACAACUGCGAUUUCACCACCACAGACUCUGAGCUGCUGCACAAGCAUGUGCGCGAAAGCCACAAAAUUGAGGGCAAUUCCUUUACAUGCAACAAUUGCGAUUUCACCAUAGCCCGUUGUCAACAUUGGGACGAGGUCAUCGAGCACAUCCAGCUGCAUUCGGAUAGCAGCUUUUUCAUAUGUGGUGCCUGUUUUGCUUUGUUCUCCUCCCGCCCUAAAAUAUCGCAGCACACCAGAGACCAACAUGCUGCACGUGAUGUGCCGCUCAUUAAACUGGCUUGGGUGAAUAGCGAACUUAUCUUUGGGCUAGCCAUAGUGUUCGCCAAUGAAUGUCUGUCCUUUUCGACAAUGCGAAAUUGUUUUUGCUGUGAAGAGAGUGGCAUGAAAAGCGACGCUUUCGUUCUGCAUUUGACACGGUAUCACAAUUUUGCUUUGAAUUACUACUGCGAAUGGUGCAACUACCGCAUUGAGUCACUGCAAUUAGUCGAACAGCAUUAUCGGGCAAAGCAUAGGGUGAAUAAAUUGAAAAUACGCUGCGAGUUAGCCAGCAAAAGAGAGGUUGGUAUAGUGUGCUUAAAUAACUUUCAAAUAAGCUUGGACCAGCGAGAGGAGGACAUAUAUUCAAAGAUAACCAUUAAAGAAGAAUGUGCCGAUGAUAGUGUGAUACUGUUGGAAGAUGACGAUAUAGUGGUGGAAAACUACGCAAAGAAAAAACAAGAACUGGAGGAGCACUCGGAAAAGCCCCGGCUAAAGUGCAUUGCUGUGAACAAUUUAAUGGAACCACAAACGAAUUCACUUGAUACAGGAACGCUGCGGAUCCCACCUCAUUUAAAAUUAACAACCGCAACGGUACCAAAUGUAAGGCCAACAGUCCCCCCAACAUCAUCGUCUUCACAACAUGUCAUAAUACCAACUGUCAAUAGCCCUCAAGCCGCCGCCUUAAGCCAUGGUGCCACUGUACUGAAUGCGAAUGUUGCACCAUUCAUAUCGAUCUCGUCCAUAGCGGCAAUCACUCAACAAUCUGUGGCCAACCACCAUGCAAAUGUUCCAAACUCUAACAUUCGCCAAAUGUCUACACCACUUCAGCAAACACCAAAUAGAAAUAAUAAACCAACCAAUCGUAUGCAAAUAGGAAAGCCGGCAGCUAACUCCAAAAAUCGCAAUUACAUUGCUCCUAGUCGUCGAAACAAAAGUUAGAAUAGCCUUUGCUAUCAGAUACGAAGAAGACAUGAGCAAUAAGUCAGCAAGGCAACUACAAGAUGAUGGUUUCCCAGUGGGUUUGUCGAAAUGUAUUUGAUUGCUCUGCACUUAACCCACCAAUGAAUGGAGAAUAGACAUCUUAAAUAUAAUCUUUAUUGCCAUGAUCUGUCAUGUGGCAUAUCUAGACUAAGUCAUA